CAUUUUGUUACAGGCAUUCAAAAUAAUAAUGGAAAGUCAUUGGACCCUGAUUUUGCAUCGCUUCUUUUAGAAUAUUCCAGUUCAUACCGGUUUAGAUAUGUAUAGGUAAUUGAUUUACAACAGAUACCUUCAACUGCAGUUUCUGUAGAAUGGCUCUGGUACGAAGCAAUAUUCUGAGUCGAGUUUUUUAUAAGCCUUCCAUGCUUGAAACGAAACUUCAUUUACCACUUCUUGAACAAGUCCGAUACCGCAAGCCGAAGUGGUUACUACCACGUCGAGCACCUUCAAAAGCAGGGAUAUAUUUUAAUAAACCGAGACCUACGGAACAUGAUGUAAAGAAAAGUGAAUUAAUCUAUAAAUCUUAUAAUGAAAUGCUGAGAUCAAUAGCUGCUGCUUUCCAAGAAGAAAUAUUGAUAAACGAAGCUAAAAAGGAAUCAAAAACUGUCUCAAAAAAUAGUUUCGAUGAACAAAGCCACCAUGAAAAAUGUAUGGCAUAUAAUGAAGCUUAUAACAAAGAAAUGCGGGAAAAACGAGAACAAAAACUCGAUCGAAUAUUAGAAAACCAAGAACAACAACUGAGCCAGAAAGUCAGUUUAUUAGAAAAAAAAUUCGAACAUAAACUUGCUAAAUAUGAGCAAGAAGUUUUGACAGCGAUAGACGAAUCUGAAAAUUGGAUUACCGAGGAAAAUUUGGAAGAAAAAAUUGAAGAAGCUUUAGACAAUGUGGUUAACUUUAAUUUUGCUGUAAAAAGAAAUGGCAGAAUUGCGUUAAGAACUGUGAUACCAUAGCAUUGCUAAAGUACAUGAGAUUCGUAAAGUCUUGUUACAAUUAGAAAACAUUGGCAACUGACUUCAUAACGAAGUUUUGAAAUUGCAACUGGACUUUAUAAUCUUUUGUCAUCAUUUAGGCAUUACAUGUGAUAUAACAGCGAAAGUGCUGCUAUAUGUUACUUUUUUGUGUGCUUAAGGUUCUGAGGUGCACAUAAAGUGCAUAACUGACGAUAACAGUGUUUCCCAACAUUUAUGGCUCGUGGCGGUUUUAGCACUCAUUGCCCCCUGUUUAUCAAUCCAGUGGGAUUCAAAGUGUUAUUUUGAUUGGCAGAUUCCAAAACCCAUUAAAUGUUCAAACAAUUCAUGCUCAACAAAGUGAAAAGACCCUGUGAAAUAAGCUUAUCAAGCUAUUAAAAAGAAGAACAGGGUUUUUCAUUUAGUAAAACUGAAAUGAGUUUUGCGGCUAGCAAUGUGGCCCCUCUCCAACUGCUCUGUGGCUUCCUUAGGGAGCCACAGGCUCGUGGUUGGGAACCACUGCCACAGUAUUUUCUGCUGUGGUGCAGUACAUGGUGCUCAUAGAGCAGGGGUUCCCAAACUAUAUUGGACGCGGGCCAAAUUUGGAAUCGGGAGAAUGUUCGCGGGCCGGAAGAGUUUAGCGCCCGAAAGUUCGCGGCGGUUUAGCUGGGGUUCAGUGGAUUCACUAUUUUUUGCAAUCUGUUUGUUUGACUCAUAAUGGCGCUUAAUGUCGUAUUCCUUCAGAACUGGAAUAUUACAAAUCGCUGAAGUUUGAUUCUUUGCAAUACAGAAAUAUGAAAGCUACCAUUUAUCCCGGAAACGUCUAUUUGCAAAGUCUAGUUUUGUUUGUUUUUUUGACAUCUGUAAGCUUUCUUAUAGGGCUGAUAACUUAAUUACUGCUCUUUGUAAUCCUACUGUG